AAGGUGAAUGUUUUCUAUUUUAAGAUUGACUAUGGCCACAGGAGCCCCAAACUACAAGAUAAUACUGUGCGGGGAAUACGGCGUAGGAAAGAGCUCCCUCUUUAGGCGAUUUAUGAACGACACAUUCUCAGAAGAACGUGGAAAAAAAUCCUCAAUUGGACUGGACCAGGCGUCGCAGUGUUUCCAUGUGAACGGAGAGGAUGUGAAGUUGACGUUAUGGGACACUGGCGGGAUGGAGCGCAUGAGUUUCAUUGGACAGAGCUAUUACCGGGGUGCACACGCGGCCCUGCUCUGUUACAGUAUGACCAACAAGGAAACGUUCGCAAUUUUAUCACAGUACAUUCUUGACAUUGUUAUGAACGCAGAAGGUGCUAAGAUAUUCUUGUGCGGGAACUUUGCAGACUGUGAAAGCAGCGAUCGUGUCAACGAGACAGACAUUGAGAAUUUUACACGCGAGUGCGGUAAUGUUUUGUCUGGCUCUUACCAAGUCUCGUGUAAAGACCGGACAGGCGUCACGGAAAUGUUCACGGACAUGGCCCGCGUGUUACACAGGGAGAACGCGAAGAAAAUGACGCUGAGAAACGAUCUUAUACGUCCAGGGGAAACCCCAGACCAGAUUGAAGAAUACCACAAAAAGAAAUGCUGUACGUCGGCAUGAUGGCUGGGGCCUGACCCUUGCUUUGACAUAUGUAGUCUUUUCCACUCUCAUUUUAUCGCCUUAGUUUCAUUGAUUGACAUCCCAUACAUCCACAUGUAGCAUGGGUCAUCCAUUCAUUGGCCUAAUUCUUGCAAAUUACAAAUCAAUGAAUGUAAGUGAAUAUUUGAACCUUGCUUUGAUAUAACAGGGUUAAAUGCAUGUUCUUAAAGUGUUUUUCCAGAAUAGUAUGUGGAGUACAAACAGGCAAAUCAGGUUGACAAUUUCGACUUUUGCAGAAUUUUUUAUUUAAAGGAAGUCUCUUUUAAACAAAAAUCUAGUCUAGGCCAAAAGAUUUGUCCCUGAUUAGUCUGUGCAGCCUUGCACAGGCUAAUCUUAGACUUAACUUAGGCACAUGCAAUAAGCCCAGUUUUCCAAUUUUGCUGCUCAUUUGGCUGCUCAUUUAGUCAAUGCAUCUGACUUGCUCAUUCCCUUUAAACCUUUUUUAUUCUUGAUAAGUUUAAGCUAAAUAUUGUUUGUGUUUAUUUUUGAGUUUUUCUUGUCAUAAUGAACCAAUUCAAUUUAGGCCUUUCAAUGCAAAGUGUAAACUUCUAUUCUCAUUACUGUUGAAUUGAUGUCUUAAUGUGUAUGUUUUGUAUUUAACCUUGACCAAAUCGUGUAUUUUUUGUAUUAAACCUUGACCAAAUGGCAUUUUUUUUGGAAAUAAAAAAUGAAUAUGCAUUCAAUUCAAUUCUCUGUAUAUAAAUUAGAAUCUUGAUACAUAUCUGAUGAUUUCUUUUUAUAUCCUUCAUUUUAUUCCUUUGUUAAUGUUCAUCAUCUUCAACAAGUAUAUAGUUUUUUGGUAUGUGUAAUUAUCUCCCAAUGCCUGUUUUCACAUAUAAUUUGCAUAGCAUAUCUUAUUAUGAAUGAAAUCUCAGUAUUUGAACUAAGUGUAUGUGAUAGUGACUUUGUAAAAUGCAUGUAAAUUAUAUUCCAAAAUGAAUGAUCCGGAAUAGAUCUUCUUUCACCCCAUAAUUUAAGCCUAUAUGUUUUCCUCUAAAAAACCCAAAAACUUUCAUGAAGUACAUUUUCAUGUACUGGUUAAUUGCAAAACACUUCUGUUUAUUGUUUCUUUUUUUAGUCCCCUACCGGUUUGCGCUCUGUGCGUCUGUGAGUCUGUCAGUCUGUCACACUUUUCUGGAUCCUGCGAUAACUUUAAAAGUUCUUCAUAUUUCUUCAUGAAACUUUAAACAUGGACAGAUGGAAAUAUGGAGAUUAUGCACGUCAUUUCAUUUUGUUCUUACGUCAAGAAUUCUGGUUGCUAUUGCAACAAAUAGACUAGAAAUAUUGCUGAAAAUGGUGGGGUUUCACCGGUAGGGGACUUUUGUUGCUUGGCAAUAGUCUUGUUAUAUUUACAAUUCAUUUUGAAUAAAGCAGCAUAAUGCAGAUUUUCAGUGCUCUUAGAUUUCUAAGGUGUCUGGCUUCCUCAGUUGUUAAAGUGCAAGGCUGUUAAUCAGGGAAUAAUGAAUUCGAUACCCGGCUAGGCCACAUAAUUCUUGCGAGUAUUCACAAACUGAGAAAAAUUUUCAAAAUUUAUCGUAAUGCAUGUGUGUAAAGUGUCUUCCCUGAUAAGUCUGUGAAGUCCGCACAGGCUGAUCAUGGACAACACUUUCCGCCUAAACUGGAUUUUUUACUCAAUAAACGAAAAAUUCCAUAAAAGUUGAUAGUUUUGUCUCUUAUUAGCCUGUGCAAAGUGUCCAGGCUAAUCUUGGGUAAGAAUUCACGCACAAGCCCAGUUUUUCCAGAACAAGAUUCAUAUUGUUUCUUGGGCUAUUCUCCCUCUGGAUCUUACUCCAGUGGGGCAUUCAUCAGUUACCUAACUUACCUGUUUACGUAUUUUGACGUUUAUGUAGUCCAUGAGAACAUUUAAUUUAAUUAAACACCUUUAUUACUAGAUUAAAGUUUUAAAGGCUUCAUUUCCAACCCAGCCACAGCAAACUGUAUAAAUCCUGCACAGACUUUGAGUUACUCACAGGCUUUUCUGGUUUUAGGCUGUUUGCAGAUAGCCAUUUUCCUUUUGUUUCUGAGUUGGAAAAGAAUAACUAUUUGCAAUUUGUACUGGUUAACUUCUUGUAUCUGUGAUGCCCAGAAAAGUGUGAAAAGGUAAAAUGACAGCCAUGACAUGACUAACAGCUACAAACAAUGGUAGAAAAUCCAAAAGACAAACUCUGGAUUUGAUGUUCAAGAAUUAUUUCUAAAUAUGUAGUUGAUACAGACAUACAUUUCUCAAUAAAACAAUCAGGAUUCUUUGUUCAUUAAGGUUGUCAUGGUAGAGUCUAAAUUAUUAUAUGACACUGAUUUAAAAAAUAAUUAUGUAUUAUAUUUCUAAGUAAACCUGUGUAUUUUUUUUAUUAUGACUACAUGCUAUAUUCUUGUAGUCAUGUACAGUCAAGAGGUAUUAAUUAAUGAAAUAUUGUGAAUUAAUUUAAGCAUUCGGUUAAUAUUAGAUUUCAUGGUUGAAUGGAUCCAUUCAACCAUGAAAUCUAAUAUUAACCGAAUGCUUAAACUGAAAUAUUAUUCCGAACAUUUUUUACCAAAAAUAUAUUUGAAAAUAUGCAGCAUUUUUAGUGGUGAAAAACUCGCAUCUAUUUGUUAUUUAAAGAUAUAGGAAAACUGACACAAAAUUAUAGAAUUACUGAUAAAGAAAUUUUGUAGUGUUUGUUGUUUGAACAAUUAGUUUUUCAAAGAUUCUUAUAAAGUGCCAAAUUUAGUUUUUUCAUGAUUAGUUUCUUUGCUAGAUUUUUUAAUAUUUCUAGUCAGUUUUAAUACAAGAUAUUUUAAAAUAUUUUUUAAUAUUUUAUUUAUUUUACAAAGUUUUCUAUCAAUAUAAUUAUUUUUAGCUCUAAUCCAAUUUAGAGCUUUUACCUGCUUUAUUUGUUGUGUUUUGUUUUCAAGUUUUUAUAUAGUUUUUAUGAAAGUGUUGAUUGAAAUAAUAUCUGGCCUUUUAACAGCAUAGAUGACAUUUUUACAUAUUCUCACUUUUAUGAAACUUUUUGAAGCAUAACUGGGGAAUGUUUUUUUAAGGAGGCUUGCAAAUAUUUCCUGAAUGGAUUACCAACUAAUUUGGAUAUUGCAGAGAUAUAUACAUGGCUUUGUCUGUUAUUUUCAGAAAGACAAGUUGCCAUGCAUAUCUAUCUCGGGACAGGACUUCGGUAGUUUCAAAUAAAAAAAUUGCAAUUUAUUAUCUUAUGUUGAUGUAAUCUACCAAUUUAUCUGCUAUUCAGUCUGUUCAGAAUGUGGUAACACUGAGCUGACAUUACUUAUUUAACCCUUUACCACUUAGAUACGUUUUUUUUUACACAUUUGUAUUCCCUUUAGGAUAUCAAAUUUAAUAAAAGAGCUUUCUUACUAGAUUCAAGUUUUAAAGGCUUCAUCAUCAAUCCUUUGAUACUGAUGAACAGGAAACAGCAUAAAACCUGAACAGAUUGCGAGUUACUGGCAGGCUGUUCUGGUUUUAUGCUGUUUGCCAUUUUGACUUUGCUUCUGAGUGGGAAAGGUUAAAUUAACAUAGAAGAUUUUCUGACAUCUAUGUUAAGGGAACUACUUCUUUAGUGUGCAGCUGGUUACACAUCAUUAAAUGAAUAAGGAGCAAUGCUUAAGCAGUGAAGCUUACUGUUAACAAUAUUCCUUUCUAUCUUAAAAUGACAAGAAUGAGAUCUGACUUAAAUCAUCAUAACACUCAUAUAUACUCAUAUUUGUUUUCUUACUCUAUGAUGAUGAAAAUGAAGGCUUUACUUAAAUGUUCAUUAUGAUUGACCAAUGUUUUCAAUUUUUAAUCGUCAAAAUUCUUGGCCAUUGUUUCAAAUCCAACCAUUAUAUUCAUUAUCAAUAGUUCGUUGUUCAAAUUAGCUUUGUUCAUUCAUAAGUAUUGGUCAUCAUUACUGUGAUUAUAAUGAUUGGUCCAAAUUUCAAAAUCAUGCUCUAACAUUCAUUAUCAUUGGACAUUAAGCUGAAUCCAGCUCGAAACAGUUUUCAUUGGCCAGUAUUUUUAAAUCCAUUGUUUCAUUGACCAAUAGAUAAGUUUGAGAGUUUUUGUAAACAGAUCAAAUACAUCUACAGUACUUAAUUGACAUGUAUGUAAAUAUAUAUUUACUCUUACGAGAUCUUUAAGGAAUGAACAGAUAUUUUAAAUUAUGGAAUUUAAUUGACAUUCUGAUUUAUUGUUUGUUUGUCUUUCUUUUAGACUUAAAUUCACAAAAAUUUUGUUCUAUGAUACCUCUUUGAAUAUGGGCAAAAAUGAAAAAUGUUGAAUGAGUUUUUUUAAUGACAAAUCAUUCUCCUGCAAUAAUUAGUAAACUCAUUAUUGACCCCAUACUAAAGAUGGUAGAGGUGUUUAAAGGAUGUCUGAGCUAUAUCAGCACUAAGUGCCUUGUUAUAAUGAAGUAUAAAUAACUUGUGUUGAUCUCGUGAUUGUGAUAGAAUAACUGAGAAAGUAACCGAAGUAAGAAAAAUGAGGAAACCUGAAAAUCAAUAUCUAUUUUUGUAUAAUUUAAUGCCAGAAACCUGAAUGUACUUUGUUAAGUUAUGACAUGUCAUUACUGUAUUACAUGUAUAAUUUUAUUAGUGGAUUAACACAUCAUGUACCAAACAAAUCCAUGUGGAGUAAUGCUAACAUGUCAGUGAACAGAUAUAUGAGCUGCGUCAUGCGAAAAUAGGUCUUAUACCAAAUGCAGCCUCUGUAGUUUAAGAACAGGCUUGGCAAUCGUGCAGUUUGGUCAGCAGCUCAUCUGUUAUGAGACCAUAACAGAAUUAUACCAGAUAGUGAAGCCGGUAACCAGACUGCGCAGAUGCGCAGGUUGGUCUGGAGCUAGCUACGCUAGAGUCAAAUGUUAUAAGACCCUUUGUUAACAUGCGUGAGGAAUAAGUACUGUGUACCGGUAAGUUAUCUUAAUACAGGAUUCAGUGUGUUUUGCAACAUAUGAGUGGAAAAUGCCUGUUUAUUGACAUGCGGUAUUGCUCGGUACAACAUGUGCGAUUGUUAACAGUGUUAAAAUGAUGAUUACAUGUAGGUCAUAACAUAUCUGAGACCAACAAUGCUUGUUUACAUGUAUUACCUAGUUUCUAUGCUGUACAAGACUAUAUGAUUCAGUAGAUCUAUUUUUGACAUAUUAUUGAAGGACUGUUAUGUGUUAGUUUUAUGAUCUAAAACAGUAUUUUUGUGUCUCAAUACUGUCUCUGGAAGGAUGUUAAACAUCACUUACUGCUGGACAUGUGUCUUAAAGGUCAUUCAAUAUUGUUUUUUUUAUAUGUAAAAUCUCAUGCAAAUGCAUGCAGCUCAAUAUUCUAUAAUAUGAUUCAAACUUAUUUGUUUCACUGUAUUAAGUCUUUGUUUAAUAGUAAUACUUAUUUCAAAUGGAACAUUUUAGACACAUUUGCAUUGUCUCAUAUUACAUAUGUAUCUACAACUUUUACUUCGCUAGAAGUAUUUAUAAUUGUUUGGAAAUAUGGAGUUUAUGUUCAUUUUUUAUAUUUUUCAUAGUCUGGAAUUGUACACCUUGAAAUGAGAUAUCAUUUACUCUGAACAUAAUAAUGUUUCUUGUUAAUAAAUGCAUUUAAUUUGUGUGACAUGUUAUAUUAAUUGUCAUUGACUAAUGUUAUAUUACCAUCUUUGAUCUACCCAUUUAUAUAAAGAAAGGACCAUA